AAUGGGAUAGAUCGCCCAGCCCAGCGACGUUCUUGCGACUGGCGAGUUUCAAAGGACUGCAGCAUGGCAGCAGGUCGAAAGACGGGAGAUCGAUGAGGCGAACGGCGGCCCUGUUGCGCUGCUCGGAAAUUUGCUGCAACGCUUCCAAGUAUAGGUUGUCCGAGCUGCAAAUCGUUCUUUAGGCGCAUCCAUAGAAAGGUAUAAAAAAGGCGCUUUUGAGCCCACAUGUCCUUCCUCCUCAGCCACACUCUCACCGUAACGAGUUUAUCCAAGAUGUUCUCUGCUACACAAUUCAAGACUCUUGCCCUCGCGGCGCUGCUCUUCAUCAACACGGUCAGCGCUGUCGACACGCUCGGCCGUCCAGUAUCAUCGUCUGCACAGUGCGACAGCAUCUGCCAACAGGUGCACGACCCCAACGCUGUCGAGUCCAUCGGCCGUACCAUCGAGUCUUCCAUCUCCUCUACUGGCAACUACGACAUUCUUCUGGGUCAGCGUUCCGCCAACGGUGUCGGUUACGACGCCUCGACCAUCUGGAAGCUCUGGGCUAAAUCCCUCGAGAGCUCCUUCUCGUCCAGCGUCAGCCAUCUUCAGGAGUCUGGACAUGCCGACGACAAGGUUUGCAUCGACAAGGCUACCCUCGCUAAGCUCACGGCUGCCUCGCUCAACUGCCAUUCUCACGUGAAGGGCAGCGGCGCGCUCGGCGGUGCAGCCGGCGGAAGUGUGUCUUGGUCUUACAACACCUCGGGUGGCGACAAUCCUCAGGUCGGCUGGGGUGCUGGCGUGGACACUUCCGGAGUCAAUGCUGGUGGUGACUCGAGCGCGUUCGGAAGCGGCUCCAACGUGCAUCAUAAUGUAGGUGGUGGAUCAUCCAGCUUCACCUCCACCGGCGGGUCCACUUCCACCUCCAGCUCUGGUUGGGGCAGCGGCAAUGUAGCCAACGGGAUCUGCUUCCAAGUGCGCUCGAAGGAGAACGGAAAGCUGUUGACGACGUACGGCUCAGAGUACGCUUUUGCGAGAUUGGACGGUUAUCAUUCCACCUUCCGUGCUCAUCCGAUCAAGGGGCAGGAUGGUAGCUUCCGCCUGACGGAGAUCAAGAGGAAUGGCGCGACUGUGAGCUACCCUGUCAAGAUCAACAGCGCCCUGGGACAGUUCAAGCCUCUGUACGGUGACAAGGAUGCCGUCUUCACAUUCAAGCCCACGCAAUUCGGAGACAGCUGCUGGGGCUCGCCCGGUUUCAAGAUGGCCCGUCGUCAAGAUUGGGGAGGUUGGGGCCCCAACUACCGCGCCACCAAGUCUUCCUCUGCCGACGAAUGCGUCGAUGUUGAGCUCGAAGAGGCCGACUGCUAAGCAAGUCUAUAUGACACGGAGUCCAAGGAAAUGUACUCCAUGACUAGAGAUCUGAAGGGCAUGCAAGCAGUGUAAGCAACUAUGCUACGCUGAAUGAAAUGCAGUGGAACGUGCCGCGGCCGUGCCGUUUCGCAAGAGAUUGACCCGUGUCUUCCUCUAUCUGGUGCUAUUGACCUCCUCAACGGCUUGUUCUUCCUCUAUCAGAAAGGACAGCCAGCCUUUUCCAGGGUCUUCGUCGCGUGUGAGGGCCGUUCUGGGAGUGAUCAACGAUGUGCCUUGCGAACUCCGCGUGUAUCAAAGUCCGAUGUUGUCUCGAAAUUGUCAGU